GCGGUGCGCGCGCGCGCGCCAAGCGAAAAGUUGGUAGGGGGAGGGACGAAGGGGAGGAAAGGCCGGGGGAAGGUGGUAGGUAGGCGUCUGACGAGAGCUAAUGCGUAUGUUAACCUCCCAAGACUAAAACGAAACAACGCCAAACAAAACGUACCUACAGCAGGAGAACCCACCGCCGCCGCCAUUUCCACCCACCUCCUCUUCCUCCUCCUACUCUUCCAUCUUUCCCGUCUCUCUCCGAUCGAUCUCAGCCUCAGCCUCAGCCUCCAUGGAAGCCGCAGCCUCAGCCGUGGCCGGGUCGGCUCUGAUCCCCACCAUCGCCGCCGCCGCCGCACGCACGGAGGCGAGGGCGCGGCUGCUGACGUUGUCGUCGUCGCCGUCGCCGUCGCCGUCCCUGUUUUUGAAGAGCCCUGUUGUCCGGCCUCUUGUGGCCGCGUCCUCGUCGGAGAAGGGGGCGGGUAAGAGGGUGGCGCGUGCUGCGGCGGCCGUGCCAACGAGCAACUACGUGGUGCCGCUGGACAAGGCCUCCGGGAUCACCCGCCCCCUGGUGGAGAUCUUGAGGGAUCUCAACAAGCGCGUCCCCGACAAGAUCAUCGAUCCCCACCACAACUCCAUCCCCUGGUACCAUGCCAACAGAAUGUUGAGCUUUUAUGCCCCAGGUUGGUGUGGAGAAGUACGUGAUGUUAUAUUCUCCGACAAUGGAAAUGUGACAGUGAUAUAUCGUGUAACAAUACGAGGAACAGAUGGAGAGGCACACAGGGAGGCAACAGGAACUGUGUCUUUAGAAGAUGGCCAGUUUGAAGAUCCAGUGGCUGCAGCAGAAGAAGCAGCUUUUUGCAAAGCCUGCGCACGGUUUGGUUUCGGCUUGUACCUUUACCAUGAAGAGGAGGCGCCAUAGAUAGAGGGGAAUGAUUUUCUUCCUAAAUUUGUUGAGAAUCCAGCAAUAUCGUUACUUGCAUGAGUUCAUAACUAUCCAUGAAAAUAUUUUCUCUCUUAAAAAAUAUUCACAUCCGGAGUAGUACGUGCAUAUCUCCUAUGAUGUGAAUAUCGGGCGCGUGCCAUUUACUUUGCCUCUGUUUUUGAGCUGAACUCUAGGUUGUUGUGUUACUCUUCCUGGGAUAAUGAACAAUAAUUAAUGUUGUCGUUUCUUGAAUUACUAAUAGUUUAGUUAUCUGA